AUGGAGGCCGCGAGAGGGAGCGAGAGCCCACGACGGUCUCGGUCUCGAUGGCUCUGCCUCAAGGGCGGCUGCUCCGUACCCCGUAUCCAUGCAUUCCACGCCGAAGCAAAGCACGGAGCCAGACUCCAAAAAGCUAGAGCUGCAGACCAGAGAAGAGUCCAGCGGACGGGUGCUGCGACAAGAAGCGCAUCUGAGAUAUACACUGAGAUCAGGGAGCUCGAUGGCGUCAAGGGACCCCCACAGAUGGUUAUGUCCCCAUCGACGCUAUGGGCUCUCGCUGCGUCUACUUGUCGCACGACUCCAAUAUCAACGCCAAUAUCAACCCCAACAGCAGUAUCAGAUCAGAAGCAACAGACGCAACAGAUGCAGACCAAAGGCCGUGGCUCGCCUGGCCCUACGAGGCCUGUGGCGGCGCAUCUCCACAUCUUGGGCUUCCUUUUUAUCCUUUUUUCCUUCUUUUUUGCUUCUUUCCUUCGUUUCUUUUUUGGCUUUUUUUCUCUUCUCCCUUUCUGCUCCAAAUCUCCACCCUUAACUAUAAGUACUAAAAGUAUCGAAAAUAUAUAUGUGGCGUGUGUGGCAGUGCGAGGGCUAUGGGUAUCCGCCUCAGCCAGUUGUAUGGACGGAGUAGACGAGCAGGCCGAGGGAGCAACGGAGAAAGAGGAGCCCUUGCUGGACCCUUCGCCGGGGAGAUUCUUUGGCUCCGAGGCAGAGCCAGACGACGCAGACGAGCCCUUCGGAAACAUGGUACGAGAGGGGCUGCAGUACGGAGAACAAGGGCGCUCUGGAGAAGCAGGAGAGCAAAUUGUGGCGAACCAGACGCUGAGGGCGAAAUUUGAUUGUAAAGCCGUGAUUCAUUCGUCAUUUCAACUAGUCUUGAUGGGACGGACGAGCGCAUCGCGGAGGGUCUGUAACAAUGUAGAAGCGAGCGAGACAUGGAGAGCCGACCUUAGUUAA